AGUUGUUACAAUAGGUGAAGUGUUACUUUAAAUCCCUGUCUUGGGUGUGAAUUUGCACCUAGAAGAAAAGUGGAGAAAGCAGUAUACAUUUUGACUAUGUAGCUGAGCCAGCACUCUUUCAUUAUUAGUAGACAGUUAAAAACUCCUUAAAACAUAACAUAUAUGUAAAGGAAUACAAUUCAUGACCAUAUUACUAGAGUUGUUAGAGCUAAUAAAAGAGUGAUCUUGACUGCUAGUAAUACUUAAUUAUUGCUUUGCAGCUCUUCCUUGCAUUGUGGGGGAGUGGAGUCACUGGAGUGGUUGUGGAGAGCAGUGUAAACCUAAUUUCCGAAUGCGUAGGCGCUAUGUGCAACAAGAACCUAAAAAUGGUGGGGAACCUUGUCCUCCACUAGAGGAGAAGGCUGGCUGCCUGGAAUACCUGACUUAUGAAGGACAGGACUGCGGACAUGAUCAUGUUCCUGCUUUCAUAACAACCUUUGAAUACAGUAAGGAGAGAAAAAGACAAGCAGCAUCUCCUCUAUGGUCUUCAGACACAGAAGAAUCCAGCAGCUAUUGUGUGGAAUUUAAAACUGAAUCACUCUCUCACCACUGUACUCUGGAGAAUCGUCCUUAUGCUCGGUGGAUGCAGUAUAUACGAGAAGGGUACACAGUGUGUGUAGCUUGCCAACCUCCAGCUAUGCAAACUGGCAAUCAUCGUUGUUCUGGAGAUGGCCUUAAUGCUGAUGGGAAUAAAGUUCUCCACUGGCAAGCAGUUGGCAAUCCACAGUGCCAAGGAACAUGGAAGAAAGUGCGGCAAGUGGAGGAGUGUUCCUGUCCUGGCGUGCAUAGUUUUAUUUUUACAUAAAAAAAAAUUUGUUAAUAAAGAACAUUUGUGAAUGUUAAAAAAAAUAAAAAAUCAAUGUAACACUCUGAAACCAAAAAUUAAAAACUACACUUUUCUGCUGUAUUUGCUGAACUCGGAACAAGACAGACUUUGGGAGAUAUUCCGGUUGUGCCUUGACCCUCGUAUAUAGGAAUUAACAUGAAAUUUUCUACUUCUGAAUGUAUUAGCUUCCAUUUCUCUCUCUUGUAAUUAAAGACCGAAUUCUUCCAACUGGAGUAACUU